CGCAAGAUGGCGGUGGAGCCGCCGCGGGAGGCCGUGUGGCCCGAGGGCGCGGGGGCCGAGGCGGGCUUCGUGCGCGCCGUGCUCUCGCUGCCCGAGAAGCCCGACACCACCGUGCGCUUCUUCGAGCGCGGCGACUACUACACGGCGCACGGCGCGGACGCGCGGCUGGCCGCCCGCGAGCUGUUCCGCACCCGCGCCGUCAUCCGCCAGCUGGCGGGGGCUCCGGGAACUCCAAAGCUUGAGAGUGUUGUGCUUAGUAAGAUGAACUUUGAAUCUUUUGUGAGGGAUCUGCUUCUGGUUCGUCAUUACAGAGUUGAAGUUUACAAGAACAAAGCAGGGAGCAAAUCUGUCAAAGAAAAUGACUGGUAUUUGGCUUACAAGGGUUCUCCAGGAAAUCUGGCCCAGUUUGAGGAAGUUCUCUUUGCCAACAAUGAUAUGUCCACAGCCAUCGGGGUUGUGGGGGUUAAGCUGUCUGCUGCUGAUGGACAGAGAGUCGUGGGAGUGGGCUAUGUCGACACUACGCUGAGAAAAUUGAGUGUUUGUGAGUUCCCAGAUAACGAUCAGUUCUCAAAUCUUGAAGCUCUACUGGUUCAGCUGGGCCCGAAGGAGUGUGUGCUGCCAGGAGGAGAGACUGCAGGAGAGAUGGGAAAACUGAGACAAGUCAUUCAGAGGGGAGGAAUCCUGAUUACAGACAGGAAGAAGGCAGAUUUCACAACAAAAGAUAUUGUUCAGGAUCUCAAUCGCUUAUUGAAAUCAAAGAAAGAAGAGCAGCUGAACAGUGCAGCACUGCCAGAGAUGGAAAAGCAGGUUGCGGUUUCGUCUUUGUCAGCCGUUAUCAAGUUUUUGGAGUUGCUGUCAGACGAUUCUAAUUUUGGACAAUUUGAACUGUCUACUUUUGAUCUUAGUCAAUACAUGGUUCUAGACAACGCAGCUGUUCAAGCUCUCAACCUUUUUCAGAGUUCUGUGGAAAAUGCAAAUGCUGCACAGUCUCUAGCUGGUUUACUGAAUAAAUGCAGAACCCCUCAAGGACAAAGACUUGUUAAUCAGUGGAUCAAACAACCACUUAUGGACAAGAACAGAAUUGAGGAAAGGUUGAAUUUGGUUGAAGCUUUUGUAAUGGAUGCAGAGCUACGCCAGUGCCUUCAAGAAGAUCUGUUACGUCGCUUUCCAGACCUCAACCGGCUGGCAAAGAAAUUUCAGAGACAAGCUGCAAACUUACAGGACUGUUACCGAAUGUACCAGGCUAUCAAUCAACUGCCUAAUGUUGUACAAGCACUAGAAAAACAUGAAGGAGCUCACCAGAUGUUGUUGUUGGCUGUAUUUAUAACACCUCUUACUGAUAUCUGCUCUGACUUCUCAAAGUUUUUGGAGAUGAUAGAAACAACGUUGGACAUGGAAAAGGUGGAGAAUCAUGAAUUUCUUGUCAAGGCUUCUUUUGAUCCUAAUUUAACAGAAUUAAGAGAGAAGAUGAAUGAACUGGAAGAAAAAAUGCAGUCUUUACUAAAGACUGCAGCCAAAGAACUAGGUCUGGAAGCUGGCAAAAGUAUCAAACUGGAGACAAAUUCACAGUUCGGACAUCACUUUAGGGUAACUUGUAAGGAGGAAAAAGCUCUCCGUAACAAUUCGAAAUAUGGAAUCAUUGAUACACAGAAGAAUGGUGUGAAAUUUACCAACAGCAAACUGAGCACCAUCAAUGAUGAAUAUAUAAGGAACAGGGAAGAGUAUGAAGAGGCUCAGGAUGCAAUUGUUAAGGAAAUCAUUAACAUUGCUUCAGGUUAUGCAGAGCCCAUCCAGACCAUGAAUGAUGUGAUAGCUCAGCUGGAUGCCAUCGUGAGCUUUGCCCACGUGUCCAACGGAGCGCCCGUGCCUUACGUCCGGCCCGUGGUUCUGGAGAAGGGACAGGGCAGGAUUGUCCUGAGAGGUGCCAGGCAUCCCUGCAUCGAAGUGCAGGAUGAGGUUGCCUUCAUCCCCAAUGACAUCACAUUUGAGAAGGGCAAGCAGAUGUUCCACAUUAUUACUGGCCCUAACAUGGGGGGAAAAUCAACAUACAUCCGACAGACAGGAGUGAUUGUUCUUAUGGCCCAAAUUGGGUGUUUUGUGCCGUGUGAGUCUGCAGAAAUAACCAUUGUGGAUUGUAUCCUGGCUCGAGUGGGAGCAGGAGACAGCCAGCUGAAAGGAGUGUCCACUUUCAUGGCUGAAAUGCUGGAAACUGCUUCAAUCCUUAGGACAGCGACUGAAAAUUCCCUGAUAAUCAUUGAUGAGCUGGGAAGAGGAACUUCUACCUAUGAUGGCUUUGGCUUAGCAUGGGCCAUCUCAGAAUACAUUGCCACCAAAAUCUGUGGGUUUGCCAUGUUUGCUACACACUUCCAUGAGCUCACAGCUCUUGCUGAGCAAGUGCCAACAGUGAAUAACCUGCAUGUCACUGCUCUGACCAGCGAUGACACGCUGACGAUGCUCUAUCGUGUCAAGGAAGGUGUUUGUGACCAGAGUUUUGGAAUACAUGUAGCAGAGUUGGCAGCUUUCCCAAAACAUGUGAUAGAAAGUGCAAGAGAAAAAGCUUUGGAACUGGAAGAGUUUCAAAACAUUGGCAAGUCCAAGGAAUCUGAAGGAGAACCACCAGCCAAGAAAUUACACAGAGAAAGAGAGGAAGGUGAAAAGAUAAUUCAGGAUUUUCUUUGUCAAGUGAAAGCAUUGCCCCUGACAGAUAUGUCAGAAGAAGACAUCAAAGUCAAGUUGAAACAGCUGAGAAAUGAUGUUCUGGCAAAGAACAACAGUUUUGUGAAUGAAAUAAUUUCUCGAACGAAAGUUACAUCGUGAAAUGCGCGAGAAUAGGAUACAGGUCUUGAAGAUUAUUUUGUAUUGAAAGACCUAUUAUUUUCUUGUCUUGUAGCUUUUGUACUUUAUUAUACUUGUACUGAUUUAUGUUGGCAUUUUUUUCUUGGAUUGUAAUUAUUUUGUAAAAAACUCUGAGCACAUUACGUGUCAGAUUCCUGCUUUAGUUGGGAUCAUUUUAUCCUUUCAGAAGUUUGCAAUAAAAUGGUUUUUCAUAUUGAGAGUUAUUGACUGUGCAAACAAAAUGUGUAAUACUUUACCAGAAGUGUGCUAGAAAGUCUAACAGUUGAGGUAUCAAACAGUUGCCAGAGCCUAGGAAAGCAGCGGUGUGUACACAGAAUCUUUGUCCUAGACCCUGAUUCUUUUAUGUGUGAUGCAAUUAUAUUCGUCAAUUCACUGAAGAUUUAGUAAUGCUGUGUUAAUGCUCCAUUAGAAAAAAAACAUCUAAGUGUGUCCAGUUAGCCAAAGAAGGCCAAGGGUAUCCUGGUCUGUAUCAGCAAGAGUGUGGCCAGCAGGACCAGCAGUGGUUGUCCCUCUGAAUGUGGCAUUGGUGAGGCCACAUCUCAAAUCCUGUGUCAAGUUCUGGACCCCUCACUACAAGAAAGACGUUGAGGUUCUGGACAGGCUCCAGAGAAGAGCAGUGGAUCUGGGGAAGAGUCUGGGACAUAAGUCUGAGGAGCAGCUGGGGUUGUUCAGCCUGGAUAAAAGGAGGUUUGGAGCAGACCUUAUCACUCUCUUCAACUCCCUGGAAGGAGGGCGUAGCCAUGUGGGGAUUGGGCUCUUCUCCCAAAUAACAAGUGAUAGGACAAGAAGAAACAGCCUCAAAUUGCACCAGAGGAGUUUUAGACUGGGUAUUAGGAAAAAUUUCUUCACCAAAAGGGUUGUCAAGCCAUGGAAUAGACCACCUGGAGAAGUGUCAGGAUCACCACCCUGGAGGGGUUGACAGUUAAUGUAGAUGUGGCACUCAGGGACACGGUUCAGUGGUGGCCUUGGCCGUGCUGGGUUGAUGGUGGGAUUCCAUAAUCUUUGGUCUUUUCCAACCAGAUGUUUCUGUGGUUUGUCAGAAAUUUUUUGCUUGUGUACCUGCACAGGGCUCAGGGGGUGAGCAGGAUUUUUUAUGUUUGUUACGUGAAUGGUAGUGCUUGAGCCAAAUAUACCGCAUGCCCAUUCUUCCUGCCUGAGUUGUGGUUUUGUAAUGUAAGCAGAGGCUGGGGUGAAGUUGCAUUUUAACUGGAACAUCUGAGCUGGUCACGAUUAGUGAAGGCUGUCUACAAAGUAAGAACAGAUUGAUUUUUAUCUGAUGUGCUUCUCUCAUUGAGACAGUUUGAAAGCAUGCUGGUACAACUUUAUUUUCUGCUUGAAAUUUAGCAUUUUAAAUUGUAACUGAAGAAUACUACCUAUAUUUAAAACUGUCAGCGUUGAAAGACUAAUGGGAAAAGGUGUUUGUCGCAGGAGAUGAUAGAAAUAAAAUCAUGCUGAAGA